AUGUUGACUUCAAUUGUUUUGUAUAGUAUAAUAAUGCUUUCAAAUUUACAUUUAACUUCAGGUAAUGAACUAGAGUCAUUAACAUUACAAAAAACCACAAAUUUAGAAAAAUCAACAAUUGAUAACCCAGAAGAUAUGAUAAUUAAAUUCUUACAAAAUGAUUCUUAUCAAAAUGAAGUACUUGGUUCAAACAAUACAAAUACAAUAACUCAAAUAAUAAAUCAAGCAAAUGAUUCAACAACAGAUGAAAUCAUUGCAUUAAUUAAAAAAAAGAAAAAAUUAAUUCCCAAAUGGCAAUUAAGUGCUGGUGUUUAUCUCGAACAUAAAGUAAAUAAAAAAUUAUUGAAAAAGGCAAUGAAAGAUUUUAAAUUAAUGUCUAUAUUAAAUGGUACUGAUUUUGAUACUAAUAAUAACAAGAAUGAUAUUAGAAUUGAAAGUGCUGAAGUUCAAAAUGAUGGUGGAGUUAGUGACAUUAAAAUUAAUGAUAUUGAAUCAAUUACUAAAGAUGAUGAAAGUGAUGUUAUUAAUUCCAAUGUAAUACAUCAUAUCCCAAGUUCUUCUAUUGUUUCAAGAGCAAGUCCAAAUACCAGAAACUUAUUUGCUGAAAAUAUAACUGAAUAUGUUAGACUUUACGAUGGAGAUAAUGAUGAUAGUAAUAAUAAUGUUACAAUUAAAUAUAAUAAAAAGGAAAAUGGUAAAUAUGAUCUUUCGAAUUAUGAUGCUUCAGUUGAUACAUCUGAGAAUAAUUGUUUAUCAAUUAAUCUAACUUCAAAACAAUUUUGGACAGUAUUAUUAGCAAUUUUUUGCUUUCUUUGA